GGGCACAGUGCUAAAAUGGCGAGGCUUGCGGUAGCUUGUGUGGCCCUCGGGGUCAUCGCCUGUGUUCAUACGGCGACGGGUUAUGGUGGAUAUGGAGGAGGCGGUGGUGGGGGCGGAUUUGGAGGAGGCUUCGGAGGUGGAGGAUUUGGCGGUGGAUUUGGGGGUGGAAAGGGAGGUGGCGGUGGGGGAGGAUUUGGCGGCGGACUUGGAGGAAUAGACGGUGGAUUUGGCGGCGGAAAAGGAGGUGGCGGUGGAGGAGGAUUCGGCGGUGGACUUGGGGGAGGUCAUGGAGGAAAUGGAGGCGGAGGACUGGGCGGUGGACUUGGUGGAGGCCACGGCGGUGGACUCGGCGGUGGUGGAGGACUAGGCGGAGGCCAUGGCGGCGGUCUGGGCGGUGGUUCCGGCGGUGGCGGUGGACUCGGCGGAGGCCAUGGCGGCGGUCUAGGUGGUGGCGCCGGCGAUGGCGGUGGAUUCGGCGGCAGCGGAGGACUAGGCGGAGGCCAUGGCGGCGGUCUAGGUGGUGGCGCCGGCGAUGGCGGUGGAUUCGGCGGCAGUGGAGGACUAGGCGGAGGCCAUGACGGCGGUCUAGGUGAUGGUGCCGGGGGCGGUGGUGGACUUGGCGGCGGCGGCGGACUAGGAGGAGGCCAUGGCGGCAACCUAGGCGGUGGUGCCGGCGGUGGCGGUGGAGGACUAGGUGGAGGCCAUGGCGGCGGUCUAGGCGGUGGAGCUGGUGGUGGCGGUGGACUCGGAGGAGGCCACGGUGGUGGACUCGGAGGAGGCCACGGUGGUGGACUAGGCGGAGGUGCUGGCAAUGGCGGCGGCGGGGGACUAGGAAGCGGACUUGGUGGCGGUCUCAACGGUGGUCACGGUGGACACAACCAUAGAGGGCAUGGUAAUGGAUAUGGCAGUGCAAACGCUCAUGCCACUGCCAGCGCCAGUGCCAGCAGCGGAAGCUAUGGAAAAUAUGGACGCUAAGCUGGUCAAGAUAUAAGCUUUUUAGAGCCCUUAUACCCAGAAUAAGAACCCUCAAUGUGAUAUAGAAUUAAUAUCCGUCAUUAUUUUGUUAUUAUUGUUAUAAUAAAUAAUAAAGUAAAUGUCGUUUUAAGCCAAA